ACACCUUAAAUGUUGAAUAUGCUUUUAUGGGUUUGUAGCAUAACCUGAAUCAAAAAAACCCACGAUGUAACCCAAUUGGAAUAUUUUAUAAAGUCUGCAGUAUUAGCAGCGUCGCAGCAGAUAGGCCUAGUCCUAAAAUGAGAUACCUUGCGAACUUUACAGGCCAAGGUAUUCCUUGUUAUUUCAAAAAGGCAUAACUAAAGCUAUUACGUGGAGCAGUGAUUCUUUUAUUUCAUACCACGGCUCAGAAAAUGUCACUUUAUUCUUUGCUCAAUUGUGUCAUAUUUUGUCUAAUGUUAUAAUCUUUUCCACUUGUGUGACCUCUAAAGAUCUUUCUUAUCUUCCCCAUCUUAUUCUUGGAGUAGUAAAUGGCUUCUGCUAUCAUUUUCUCAGGCCAAAUCCCACGGCAGAACUUCUGCUUCAAAGCAAUGGCUGCCGCCACGCCUGCAGCCAUGCCCUUUAAACUGUCAUCUCAGUUUGCCCAUAGAAAUACGAAAAUGGGGCAGCAGGGAAUCUGUUUAAGAAGGCAGACACUGAGCAAACCAUUUGACAAUUGGAGGCUCAACUUGAUCAUGCCAUCAGCAGCAGACAGUGAUGACAUUACAUUUGAUCAGCUUUCUGCAGCACUCAUGAUCAGGAACUUCUAUACCUGCAUUAAUGAGAAAAGGUUAAAAGAACUAGAUGAAUACAUUUCAGAUGAUUGUUGCUUUGAGGACUGCUCAUUUGUUUCUCCAAUUCAAGGCAAAAAGGAGGUUAUGCAUUUCUAUCAACAGCUUACCACAGGCAUGGGCCACAAUGUGAAGUUCAGCAUUGAACAUGUAUGUGAAGAUGAUAAUAAAUUCACAGCAGGAGUAAACUGGCACAUGGAAUGGAAAAGGAGACAGAUACCUUUCACCAGGGGAUGCAGCUUUUAUGAAUGCUCACGAGAAGGCGAUCGACUAGUCAUAAAGAAAGCUCGGGUUGUAAUUGAAUCACCCAUCAAACCAGGAGGCAUGGUGCUGACUCUGUUAAAGAAUGUGACUGCAAUAUUCGAUGAUUUCCCAAAGUUUGCAGAAUGGUUCCUAAAGAGUCCUCACGUCAUAGUACGGUUCUUGCUAAAGAUUUACUCCAGACUUCUAGCACCUAUUGUUAAUCCACUUCUGAGAGGCUACGUCAAAAUUUGGGGUUUCGUUGCUCGACUAUUUGUGUUCGCUCUAAGCAUUCUUCUCCACAUUUCAAAGAAAUACUUUGGGUAGGAAACACUAACAAAGAUCCUUACGUACAUAAAAGGUAUGGCUUUGCAUCGUCAAUCACUCAUCAUCAUCACUGUCAUGGCUCGACCACAUUUCGAACAAUGAGAGAGCAAGCAGGAUUGUCUGAUGAAAGCUUUAUAGGGUCUGUCAUUCGAUUCAAAACUCGCCUCCUUCUCUAGAAUCAUUACUCUCUUGUUUCUUUAAGUUGAAGUAGCAGAGCAUAUCACUCUCAGAAAUACAAAGUUCUCGAAUUUAUAUAAUUAGAACAAUAACAAGAACAAAGAGGAUAAGAUAUAAUUUGUAAUUCACAGAAAAUAAUAAUGCUGCUAUUCCACGCAUAAAAGCUCUGGUUCUUGUACUCCUCUUUCAAAAACUAUGGUUAAUAUUUUCACAAUAACAACUCUACAAAGCAGAGAAUAUGCAGAGAGACAUGUUAAGGAAAUAAAUAUCGCGAGAGAUAGUUCACUAGAUUCAUUGCUUAAAAGACAAAAAAAUGAAAGGCCCAUGGCUACUGCAAUUCUGAAACUAAUGUCAAAUUGUGCAACUGAUUCAAGAUUGAACUGGAACCGAAAGCUAGAAACUUUGCAAAGAAAAACCCACCAAAUGGAAAGCCAGAGUUCUAUUCAUUCCACCAGAUGCACCAAAAAGACAAAGACUUAAAAAGUUGAUCAUCACUACCAAGAAUUAAUCUCAAUAACCCAAAAUUCCAUUUGUAAGGAGCAAGAAGAGAAAAGGAAUCCCAACAGAGCAAUGGCUUUGCUUUUUCUCAGCAGCAGCAAAGAAAA